CAACACAAUAUGAUUUCAAAUGUCAAAGUCAUUUGAAUACUGCUGUCAUCCUUUCUUUCACCUUUUGUAAAUUUCCGAAAUGGCGGAUACUGCUACAAAACCGGCUGCCCCUGCAGCUGCACCUAAAGCUCCAAAGGCUAAACCAGAAAAAGUAGAAAAAACUUUUGAGAAACAUGUUAGACCAUUAAAAAGACACGGACGUCUUUUUGCUAAAGCCGUAUUUACAGGCUACAAACGUGGUAUGAGAAAUCAGCAUGAAAAUCAAGUUAUUCUUAAGAUUGAAGGAUGCCGCAGAAAAGAACAUGGCUUAUUUUAUGUAGGUAAACGUUGUGUUUAUGUUUAUAAAGCCAAAACACGUAAAUGUGUUCCACAACACCCAAAAAGAAAAACAAAAUUACGUGCUAUUUGGGGUAAAGUUACAAGAUUACAUGGAAACACAGGUUGUGUGCGUGCUAGAUUCCGUAGAAAUUUACCCGGUCAUGCUAUGGGACACAGAAUUCGUAUUAUGCUCUACCCAUCAAGGAUAUAAGCUGAUUAUCUAAUUUUUAAUAAAAACAUACAAGUAAAGAACUUUAAUAAAGUUUAUUUUUAUUUAAAAACUA